AUGGAACAAGAUCAACAACUCCGGGGGGUGCCUAAUUUUAGGGACGUUGGCAAAACCGUCAACCAGUUUCUCGGCGAGAGACGCGUCCGCGAGGGCCUCUUCUACCGAUCAGGAAGGCUAGACGAUGCCACGACUGCAGACAGAGACCUCAUCAGGGACGAGCUUGAGAUUAAAACGAUUGUUGAUCUACGCACAAAAACCGAAGUUCUCAAGCAAAUCCGAAAACACCGGCGCUCUGGCCAAGCAAGCGAGAUUCCAGGUGUACAAUAUCAUGGCAUCAAAAUCAACGGCAAAUCCUUUGAGAGACAUUUAAUAAGCCUUCUGUCAUGGUGGGACUUUUUCAAGGUCAUCUACUUCUUUAUCCUGGGAUACCGCAUAGACGCAGUCAGGGUCCUCAGCCGCCAGGUCAUGCUGCCCCGUGGUCUCGUCCGUCUUGGCCUGGAUACGCUUGAUUACUGUGGUUUGGAGAUACACCAAGCCCUCUCGUUGUACACUGCCCCUCAGACCCUGCCCUCCAUCAUUCAUUGUACCCAGGGUAAGGAUCGUACAGGGCUUAUAUGUGCUCUGGUAUUGAUGAUACUGGGUAUCCCCAGAGCGGCCAUUGAGCACGACUACUUUCUCACUGACGCCAAGCUCAUGUCCAGUCGACCUCAGAUGCUCAAAGAGAUCCAUGAGAUAGGCUUGACCGAUGACUGGGCCGGUACCGCAAAGGACAUGAUCUCUUCGAUCGAAAGCUACAUCGAGGACAAGUAUGGAGGUUUGGACAGCUAUCUCGACUCCAUUGGCUUUGACCAGCAGCAGCGAGCUAGAGUCCGGGAGACAUUGCUCAUCUAA